AUGGCAGACCCCAGAGGUCCGCGCUUGGUGCCACCUCCGCCUCCACCGGCACCGGAUGUGUGGUGGCCACCGACACCGCCUCCGGAGGUUGGAGAGGAAGUGCAACGAGGCGGUUUCGCUCUGAUUUCGCAAAUGCCGAGCCCCGGACCGAGGCUGCAGGGACUCGCACCAGUAGGAGCUCCCGCAGGUAACCCAGCGGCAGCCAACCUGACAAGGUUUGUUCCAAGCCCGUGGGCACCACCUGCUGGACAGCUUGCGCCCGCACCGCAUGCUGUGCCACACGGUUUUGGUUGGCCUCCUCUUUGGAGCACUCCUUCAGGACAGCAGUCUCCGGGAGCAGCACGAGCGUUCGUCUCACCCACGUGCCACUGGCGCAAUGUGGAGGAACAAAGAACAGCUCCCGCCGAUGCAAUGAUGAUGCGAUGCAAGUCACCACCUGCCAUGCGGUUAGCGCCGCAGAUGGCUGUGUCUCCCGCUGCACCACCGACUGUUGUUCGCCAGCAGAUUUACCCACCACUGCUGUCGAGUGCUGAUGCAACCAAGUUUAAAGGAUGCACCCGCCAUACGCUUCACAGCCUUCCAUCUUCCAAGUCGAUGCAACGACUCCACACGCAGCCCAGCCACUCGACAUCUUUAGCUUGUAGCAACAGUCCCUCUACCACGACUGGCACCACCGUGGGCUUGGGCUUGGCGGCCCCUGGCAAAUCCGAUUCCUUGUCGGAUGAGGAGUUGCGACUCCUCGCCGCGGAGGUGCUUCGCGACUUCGUUGCGCAAUCCUUGCUGAGAAAGCUGAGCAGGGAAGAGUUGGAUGCGUUGCUCAAGGCGCACUUGGGUGAGCAGCAUGCCACUCGGAUCAUGGCACAGAGGGCGCACCUCCGUGCCAGCACGGAAACAGUGAUUUCCAGCUCGACGAGCCUCGGCCACUGGCGCUCCAGUGAGGCGCGGCUCGAGGACGCACAGCAGAAGUUGGCUUUGGCAAAGGCCGAGGCCCUCGACUCUGCACUCCUCGGCCGGAUCAGGGAGAGAGCGGAACGAGAGAGAGGAGAGAGAGGAGGCGAGCUUGAACCAGAAGCGACGGAGGCCGGGGCAGAGGCGGAGGCGGCAGAAUGCCCGAGCUUGGGCCUGUGGGAGCAGAGGCUUCUGCCAGCAGAGGAGUCCCUGCAGCCGGCUCCGAUCUCCAAAAUGAAGGUGCAGGAGGCCUCUGCUCUCGAAGGCGUCAGUCUGGAGGAGCAUUCCGUCGUGUGCCACGAGCGCUCGAGAUCGAGAUUCGCCGCUGUAAGCGAGGAUUUGGGUUACAUCUUCGGCGAGGUCUCCAGUCCCCCCGCUGCAACGUCGCCUCCGCCUGAAGCGCAUCGCCCGAGACAGGCAUCUCCACCCAGACCUGCGCGCGUAAAGUCGGCGCAAUCACUGCAUGACAGCUCCAGCACGUAUCUUGCCAACUUGAAGGCUCGUGUUGCUCGGCCAGGAUGA